AUGGUUGUGAUUGAGUCUGUUGUCUCUAUUGUCCCCAACAAUAUCGCCAAGCGUGCCAAGCCAACCACAGGCGAGAUCACGUGCGCGCGUCGUCCCAUGCCAAGGCUGAAUGACCCAAGCGACGAGGCUGUGGCGCGUGCCCGCCUUCUCAAGUUUCUCCCCAUUAAAGUCGCCCCUCCUAAGUUCUUGUAUUCGUCUUUCCUUCCCACAAGUAUUGAUCCGCCGCAGAACGAUUCACUUUGUGACAACACACGCUUUAUCCGACCCGAUUGCCAUCUCAACAUGGGUGCCAAAGUGCCGCGAAAUUUUCGGCUCCUGGAAGAGUUGGAGAAGGGCGAGAAAGGCCUCGGUGCAGAGGCGUGCUCAUAUGGGUUGGCUGACAGUGAUGACUUGAUGAUGACCAAUUGGAACGGCACCAUCCUUGGACCUCCUCACAGCGUCCACGAGAAUCGCAUCUAUAGCGUCAACAUCCAUUGCGGCGAGCAGUAUCCUGACCUCCCACCUACCAUCCAGUUCGUGUCGAGGGUGAAUCUGCCAUGUGUCGAUCAAAAGACGGGGAAGGUUGAUCCAUCGAAGCUGCCUUGCUUGGCGAACUGGAAACGAGACUACACCAUGGAGACAAUUUUGAUCGAGCUUAGAAGGUACAUGGCUCUACCACAACAUAAGAAACUUCCGCAACCCCAAGAAGGCACCACUUUCUAA